CAGGAGCUGGAGUGCAUGAUGGAGCCCCAGGAGCUGGGCCUGGAGCAGCCGCUGCCCGCCCCCGAGCAGGGCCCCGGCGGCGAGGCCGAGCUGCCGGCCGCAGAGAUCUCCCUGACGCUGGUCACCGAGAUCCAGGCCGUGGACAGGAAGGUGGACACCCAGGCCGCGCAGCUGAUGAACCUGGAGGGCAGGAUGAGGAUGGCGGAGACGAAGCUGAUCGGCUGCGAGAAGACGGCGGUGGAGUUCGGGAACCAGCUGGAGAGCAAGUGCGCGGCGCUGGGCACCCUCAUCCAGGAGUACGGGCAGCUGCAGAAGCGCCUGGAGAACGUGGAGAACCUCCUGAAGAACAGGAACUUCUGGAUCCUGCGGCUGCCCCCGGGGGCCAAAGGGGAAGUCCCCAAGGUCCCCGUGGCCUUCAACGACGCCUCGUUCAACUUCUCUGAGGAGGAGUGGAAGAGCCUCAACGAGUGGCAGAAGGAGCUCUACAGGCACAUCAUGAAAGGCAACUACGAGGCCGUCAUCUCCAUGGACGCUGCCAUUUCCAAGCCUGAUCUGCUGACACGGAUUGAGCAGGGAGAGGAUCCCAACGCUGAGGAUCAGGAGGACUCCGAGGGAGGAGAGACCCCCACAGACCCCAGCACUGAGUUUUUUUUCCCUGGGCCUGAUGACAGCUCGUGGGGUAAAUAUGAAGAGACUCUGGCUGAAAGCCACGAAGGCUCUGAGGAAGAGGAGAGCAUGGAGGUCCCUGGUACAUACGAACAGCCGUGCGAGGAGGAAGGCUCCGAGAGCCUGGAGCUUUCCAGGUCGUUGACAGGAAAGUGGGAAGAGGUUUUCUCCAACCCGGAGGAGGAGAUGCAAUCGAGCAGCAAGAGCCAGAGCGGGUCGGCCCCGCCGCAGCGAACGGCGACGGGCAACGGGCUGAGGCGCUCGGUGCGCCGCGGGAGAGACUUGGCCAAGAAGGAUCCCGAGGAGGCGGCGGCCGACAAGGGGCCCUACAUCUGCUGCGAGUGCGGAGAGAGCUUCCUGGACAAGCAGCUCUUCGCCACCCACCAGAAGGCUCACGCCAGCGAGGAGGCCUGCACGUCCCUGGAGCGCGGCGAGAGCUUCCGGCAGAAAUCCAAAGCCAAGGGCCAGGGCCCCUCCCGCUCCAAAGCGUCCAAGCGCCCCGACGGAGAGAAGAGCUCGGGAUUCAAGUACGGCUUCGUCAGGCACCAGGUGAACAACAUGGUGGAGAGGCCCUACACCUGCUCCCAGUGCAAGGAGAGCUUCAGCCUGGAAGUGAGUCUGAUCCUGCACCAGAAGCUGCACACGGGGAAGGGCGACGGGCCGCUGACGUGCACCUACUGCGGGAAGGACUUCCGAGACCUCUCCAAGGCCAUCCGCCACCAGCGCAUCCACACCGGGGAGAGGCCCUACCAGUGCACCGAGUGCGGCAAGAGCUUCAUCCGGCGGGACCACCUGCUCAAGCACUGGCGGGUGCACACCGGGGAGACCCCCUACCAGUGCCCCGUCUGCGGGAAGCACUUCCGCUACAAAGAGUCCCUGAAUUGCCACCAGAAAAUCCACUCCCGCAACCCGCGGCCCAGGGAGGAUUCCCAGCACAACCUGGGCUCGGCGGGCACCCAAACCGACCAUUUCUGCGUGAAAAAAGAGACUAAGCAGUAUCAAACCGGCCCCUCCCGUCACCUUGCACCGCGCCCCGGCGCCUUCCCCGUUACCCCUCGGUCCCCCCGGUGCCGGCUGGCUCCGCGCUGCCAGCCCAGCUCCUCGGGCAAUCCCGAGUGCCGCCAGUCCCGCAGUGCCGCCAACGCCCCCAGCCCCGUCAGUUCCCCAGUGCCUCGGUUCCCCCGGUCGCCCCCGGUCCCCGCAGUCCCCCCGGUCCCCGCGGUUCCCGCCCCCCGGGUGUCCCCUCGCCGUGCCCAUGGCAACGGGGCUCGGCCGGCCCGUGUCACCCGGCGCCCACCCCCCAUCCCGUGUCACCUCCCGGCCCCGCGCUGUCACCUCCCCCCAUCCCCGCCGCGGCGGGUCCUGCCCGUCCCGUGGGACCGGCACGGGGCCGCCGUAAGCGGCUUAGCGGGGACACGGGGACGUCCCCGCCGCCCCGGCGAGCGCCGGGCCCUGCAGCGGCGCCCCCCGCGGGGUCCGCAUGGCCCCGGGGAUGUCCCCAUCGCCCCGGGGGGCCCUGUCACACCGGGCGCGGGCGGGUCUCUAUCACCCCGGCAGGGUCCCUAUCCCCCUGGGGGCAUCCCCCGCCCUGACCCCGCGCCCUUGUCUCCUCCGCAGGCGCCGGAGCCGGUGCGGCCGCCGCGCUGCCCCUCGCCCCUCCGGCCGGCCGCCGGCCCCGAGCGCACCUCGGAGCGGGAGACGCAGACGGCUGAGCUGUCCCUGACCGUGGUGGCGGCCGUGCAGGCGGUGGAGCGCAAGGUGGAUUCCCACUCCACCCGCCUGCUGGACCUGGAGGGUCGGACGGGGAUGGCGGAGAAGAAGCUGAUCGACUGCGAGAAGACGGCGGCGGAGCUGGGGAACCAGCUGGAGAGCAAGUGCGCGGCGCUGGGCACCCUCAUCCAGGAGUACGGGCUGCUCCAGCGGCGCCUGGAGAACAUGGAGAACCUCCUGAAGAACAGGAACUUCUGGAUCCUGCGGCUGCCCCCAGGCAGGAAGGGGGAAGUCCCCAAGGUGCCGGUGACCUUUGAUGACGUGUCCGUCUAUUUCAAUGACAAGGAAUGGGAGAAGCUGGAGGAGUGGCAGAAGGAGCUCUACAAGAAUGUGAUGAAGGGGAACUACGAGUCUCUGAUCUCCCUGGACUAUGCAAUUUCCAAACCUGGUGUUUUGUCUCAGAUCGAGCAAGGGGAGGAAUCUCGGGGCAGGAAUGAGCAGGACCUGGAGGAGAGUGAGAUCAUUACUGAUGCCACGGCAGCUGGAAUAAGGGUGGUGAUCAAAACGGAGGAGCUCCUUCCUGAAGACAGCCCCGAGAACCCCGAGCUGCACGGGAUGUCGGGGCAGUCCGAGGGCAGCUUCCAGAGCCCGGACGAGGAGGCGGCCUGCGAGAGCCCCUACGGCUCCGUGUCCCCGCCGAGGGACCUCCCGGGCACCAGCCUGGGGGACUCCUCCGAGUACGGAGCCGACUUCAGCGAGAUCCAGAGGGUCAUCGUUCACCACGGGGGCUGCACAGAGGAUGGGAUCGUGAUCAAGACGGAGGAGGAGGAGGAGGAGGAAGAGGAUGACCCCGACACGCUGGAGCCGUGCGCCAUGUUCUCGGGCCGGAGCGAGGCGCCGGCGUUCCCCAGCCACGAGGCCGGGCUGGGCUGCGAGGCGCAGUGCAGCUCCAAGGCGCAGCCCCGCAGCCUGGCCCGCGUCAGGAAGCCGUCGGCCUGCGAGAGGGACUCCGGGGACAUGAAGCCGGCCAGCGGCCAGCAGCGGAACCGGACGCGGGAGAGACCCUACAUCUGCCCCGAGUGCGGCAAGAGCUUCAUGCUCAAGAUCAACUUCAUGAUCCACCAGCGCAACCACCUCAAGGAAGGGCCCUACGAGUGCCACGAGUGCGACCUCAGCUUCCGCAACAAGCAGCAGUUCCUGCUGCACCAGCGCAGCCACACGCGCCGCGGCGUGGGGGUCCCGCGGCGCCCCGAGCACGGCCUCAAGCCCCCGGCGCGGCCCCCGCCCCCGGGGAAGCCCUACAAGUGCUCCGAGUGCGAGAGCAGCUUCAGCCACAAGUCGAGCCUCAGCAAACACCAGAUCACCCACGUCGGGGAGCGGCCCUUCACCUGCGGCGAGUGCCGGAGGAGCUUCCGCCUGCAGAUCAGCCUGCUCAUGCACCAGAGGAUCCACGCCGGCAAGAACGAGAUGGCCUUCCUGUGUCCCCAGUGCGGCAAGAACUUCACCCGGCCCUCCCACCUGCUGCGGCACCAGCGGACUCACACCGGCGAGCGGCCCUACCAGUGCAGCCAGUGCGAGAAGACCUUCAGCGAGAAGUCCAAGCUCACCAACCAUUACCGCAUCCACACGCGGGAGCGCCCGCACGCCUGCGCCGUCUGCGGGAAGGGCUUCAUCCGCAAGCACCACCUCCUGGAGCACCAGCGCAUCCACACGGGCGAGCGGCCCUACCACUGCACCGAGUGCGGCAAGAACUUCACGCAGAAGCAUCACCUCCUGGAGCACCAGCGGGCGCACACCGGCGAGCGGCCCUACCCCUGCACCGAGUGCACCAAGUGCUUCCGCUACAAGCAGUCGCUCAAGUACCACCUGAGGACGCACAUGGGAGAGUGAGGGGCUGCCGAGGCUUCCUCUCCCUCCCUCCAUCCCUCCCUUCCUCCUCCUCGUCCUUCUCCUCCACUGAUCUCUCCCUCCCUCCCUCCAUCCAUCUCCCCCCACCCCGGCUCAGGGCAUGGACAUCAAGGAAGCUUUGUGUGGUAGCGCCGCUGGUCUGGUGGAGACUCGGCUGAUUGGAAAUAAAUUAAUGAAUUAAAGCAAGCAACGCGCGGCAAAAUUAAAAGAUUAUAUAUAUAAAAAAUUAACAGAAGCAGCUGAUUUAGGGGGAAUCAUCACCAACAAGCAAACAAACCACCAACAAAAGAAACCUGUACACAGGGGUGUUUUGCCAGAGUAGGACUCAUAACUGCUUUUUAAAUCUACUGUUUGUUUUUUUUAAUAAAUGUGGAGGAACUUUUUAUUUGAUAAGCAACCUUAGGAUGGGCAAGAUUUUAUUUUCAGUUUUGGUUUUUGUUUGUUUUGUUGGGUUUUUUGUUUUUUUGGUUUUUUUUUUUGUUAACUGCUCUGUAGGCUGAUUCUGGCACAGUCACUUUUUGUCCAGGAGCUCUGUGGAGGUGCUGCCUCGUCCGGGCUGGAUGUGACAGGAGGAGCUCCAGCGGGGGGAGGUGAGUAAUUAACAGAUGCAGCUGAUGAGGAAGUUCUGCGUGUGUCUAGAUUGGAAGCGCUGAUAGGUGCCUGCCCGGCUCGCGGGGCUGUGAUGCACUCCUGAAUUAUACAAUAGAAUAAAAUUCUAGUUGCAGUAAAAGACCCUUUUUCUGGUAGGACCCCUCCGCAAGGCUCCCCCAAACACUCAUUCCCAGCGCUCAGUCUUCCCACAGGGGGCUGGCCCUGCUGCCCCCGAGGCAUGGGGUGCUGUGGGUCUGGCCAUGGGGUGCUGUGGGGCCAGCAGGGACUGACAGCAAGACUUUUGUGUUUAACUGCUCUGCUGUCCUUGAGCCGCUGCCGGGGGCAUCAACCAUGCCCUCCUCAAUGGCAGGAGCGGCGGGAUUCCUGCCCGGGGGAGGAGCAGCUCCAGGCUGGCUCCAAGGAAAGACCUCGCUGCUCCUGGGCACCUGCAGCCAGGGUGGGUGGGACACAAUCCAUCUCCCUGCUGUUGGUCUGAGCUCCUGUUUGUAGCAGCU